AUGAUAUUACCCACUUCAGGUACUUUCUAUGAGGUUUCAAAUGCUCAAGUGAUUCAUAUGUUCAACGGGAUGGGACAUCAGCCUACCCUUACUGUUAUAUGCUACUUUAAGAAGUCAAGUCUUCCAUGUAUAUUGAGUUUCUUGUUUGGAAUCAUUCUAAGGUGCUUGACAGGGAGAAGCUUUGGGCUUGGCAAGGCUAAGCUUGAAGUAAACUCAGUCAUGGCAAGAUUGUACUAUGGUUUGAAUGUGGAUUAUGCUUCUAAUCUAUGGGAAGAGUUUGGAACUUCGAUCUCUCACAUGAUGCUAGCAACUGGCACUACAAAAUUUCCAACGAUGGCUACUCCACGAGUUUCAGUGGAUGAUGUUAAUGUUUUUCCCUAUGUUGCUCGCGUUCCCAAUUCGAUGCUCAAACUUGUGGGUCCCAAAAAUCAGUUGUUGGUACAAUACUUAACCUCUAUUGAUUUUACUAAUCCAACUGGGGAUCUUCCACAAAAGGUUGUAGAAGAAACAUCUAAAGGCUCGAAGGCUCCAAAGAAGAAGAAACAAGUUGAAAAGAAACAAGUGGUGGAUGAACAGCAAUUUAAAGAAAUUAUUCCCAUGAAAACUGGGGUUAUUAAAUGA